GACCAUCGGUUAGGCAUCGUUCUCCUCUGCUGACUCGCAGAGGUAGUUGUUGAUCGAGUUUGAAACAUCGAAGGCUGAUCGUGAUGCUGAAGGAGCUGCUGUUUCUAGCGCUAACGGCGCUAUGCGUGUCGGAUGGAUACCAUCUGACUGCUAAGACGGCCGACAUGGACUUUCUCCACAAGCAGAAGAAGAUCUACGAACUGAUGUUCUUCGUCAAGCAAAACACCCUCACCGACGCGGAAUUCUACGAGAUUGGUCGCAAUUACGAUAUCGAGAGCAACAUUGACAUGUACAAGGACAAGCCGACAGUCCAGGAGUUCUUGUACCUAUACAAGCACGGUAUGCUCAGUCGUGAUGCCUUAUACUCGCCAUAUUACGAGGAACAUCGUGAGGAGAUGAAGCUCCUCUUCAAGCUCUUCUAUUACGCCAAGGACUUCCAGACCUUCUACAAAACCGCCUCUUGGGCACGUCUUUACAUCAACGACGGAGUCUUCACGUCCGCCUUCACUGUCGCUGUCUUCUAUCGUCCCGACUGCAAGUACAUGAGAUUACCAGCUCCUUACGAGAUCUACCCCAAUCUAUACUUUGACAGCAAUGUCAUCCAGCAGGCUCACGACAUCAAGAUGACUCGUGGAAUCUCUACUGCCAACGUGGACAACGUGGACAGCUACAUGAUCUAUGCCAACUAUUCCGGAAACUUCGUCAAGCCCUACUUCGACGAAGAAUACAAAUUGGACUAUUUCAUAGAAGACUAUGCCUUGAACAGCUUCUACUACUACUUCCGCCAAGUUAUGCCGUUCUGGUUCGACUUUAAGGAUUUCGACAUCCCGAAGGACUUCCGUGGCUAUUAUUACUAUUUCUACCACAAGCAAUUAUACGGUCGCUACUAUCUCGAACGCAUCUCCAACGAUCUGGGCGACGUCGAAGACUUUGAUUGGUAUAAAUCUUUCUAUCCCGGAUACUAUUCGACUCUGAUGUACCACAACGGAAUCGCCAUGCCCCAACGUCCUCGCCACUCGAAUGUCCCAUUCUACAAGUACAAGUAUCUGAAGGAGAUCGAGGCUCUGGAACUGCGCAUCAUGAAUGCUAUCGACCUUGGCUACGUUUACGACAAGAACGGCAAGCAAAUCAACAUUUACACCCCUGAAGGUUUGAACAUUCUCGCAAACCUGAUCGAAGGCAAUGUGGAUUCGUGCAAUAGACACUUCUACGGCAUGUACGACGCUCUCGCUCGAGAUAUCCUCGGCUUCAACUUCGACUACAAGGACAAGAACAAGGUGAUCCCUAGUUCUCUCCAAUGCUACAGCACCAGUAUGAGAGAUCCCGGAUUCUACCGGCUAUACAAGAGGAUCAUGAUGUACUUCUUCAGGUACAAGAAAUACAUGCCGUAUUACACUCAGAACGAACUGGUCUUCCCCGGUGUCAAGUUCGAAUCCGUCAACGUCGACAAGCUGACGACUUACUUCGACACUUGUGACACGUUCAUCAACAACGCUCUUUCCGUCGAGAGCUUCAAGGAGGGAAUGAAAUUGCGCGUCAAGGCUCGCCGUUAUUGCCUCAAUUACAAACCGUUCAAUUAUCACUUUAACAUCAACAGUGACAAAGAGACCAAGGCCGUACUCAAGAUCUUCCUUGGACCUGCCUACGGUGAUGUUCAUAAUGAGAAGGACAUAGCAUACCUCCGUGAAUACUACAAAUACUUUAUCGAGAUGGACAAAUUUGUCGUAACGCUGAGACAAGGUGCAAAUACUAUCGAACGCCGUAGCACCGAUUCCGUCUACACCAUGCCCGAUAUGCUAUCCAGCGACAUGUUCUACAAGAAAUUGGAGAAGGCCGUAGGAGGCAGCGAACCGUUCACCUACUACGAGAAACUCUUCGCCUUCCCUGAACGGCUGACUCUGCCUAAGGGUAAACCCGAGGGUAUGCGAUUCAAGAUGUUCUUCUACUUGAGUCCGUUCGACGAGACCAAGGUCACGCCCGUGGAAUUGCCAAUCUUUGGCAAGUUUAUGCUGGACGGGAAAUCGUUCGGCUUCCCGCUUGACAGACCGAUGUACCCAUGGAAGUUCUUCACGCCAAACAUGUUCUUCAAGGAUGUAUACAUCUAUCACACGGUAGAGCACGAAAAAUCGAUGCACUUCUGCCAGCCGAUCCUUCGCGAAGCAGGCCCGAGGAUGAAAGCGAUUGCGUUGCUCUUGGCUGCGGCGUGCCUGGCUCAUGCCACGCAGGUGCCCACCCACACCGCCGACAAAACAUACUUGAUCAGGCAGAAGAACAUCUACGAGCUCUUCUGGCACGUUGACCAGCCAACCAUUUACCAUCCGGAACUUUACCAAAAAGCGCGAUCCUUCAGCCUCGAAGAUAACAUUGCUUCUUUCACAGACAAGGCGGCGGUGACCGAGUUCCUGCAGCGAUGGAAACACGGAAUGCUCCCACGGGGAGAGGUGUUUUACGGAAGUCAUCCUCAGCAUUACAAAGAAGCGAUGUGCUUCUUCCGUGUUCUAUAUUCCGCCAAGGACUUUGACACUUUCUACAAUACUGCCAUAUGGGCACGCUUCCACAUGAACGAAUACAUGUACAUAUACGUGCUGAGUGUCACCGUAAUGCAUCGCCCGGACACCAAAAACAUCCGUUUGCCCCCGAUGUACGAGGUGGUGCCGCAUUAUUUCUUUAACGAGGAUGUUUUGCAUAAGGCCUAUCGUAUCGCGAUGGGUGACUCGCAAUCAGGUUUAAAGAAAACAGUUGGUGGUGUAGAUUAUUAUUACAUUCCUUCCAAUUACACCAACUGGCAUGUGGUUGGAGAUGAAAUGUCGGAACAACACAAAUUAAGCUAUUUCAUCGAGGAUGUCGGUUUAAAUACGUUUCACUUUGUAACGCAUCACGACUUCCCAAUCUGGAUGAACAGCGUUCAGUAUAAUAUGCCGAAACAUAUUCGCGGCGAAUUGUAUAUGUACACCCUUAAACAAUUGCUCAUUCGCUACUAUUUGGAAAGAUUGUCCAACGAUAUGGGUGAAAUUUCGUACGUCGACGUGACUAAACCUAUCGUUCCUGGUUACUACCCGACGAUGCAUCAUCACAAUGGGUUGCCGUUCCCACAACGUCAUGUUGGUUUCGAGAUUCCUCUUCACGCACACAAGUAUAUCCAGGCCAUACAAGAUGUCCAUACUCGCAUCUCCGAUGCCAUCGACAAAGGCUAUGUCAUUGAUAUGCACGGUAAACAUGUCAACAUUUACACCAUAGAUGGUUUCAACCAUCUUGGCAACGUGAUACAGGGCAAUGCCGAUUCCGUCAAUCCUGCAUAUUACGGACAUUUGGACCAUUUGUACAAAAAGGUCCUUGGCAUGGGCCCAGUCCACCAGAUCACCAAACACAUGACAAUUCCUGCUGCUAUCGAGCUCUUCUCCACCACCUUAAGGGAUCCCGUGGCCUAUGGAAUUUAUAAGAAUAUUGUCACUUACUGGAUGAGGUACAAGGAACACUUGCCGAGCUACACGCACGAAGAACUUGUUUUCCCAGGUGUUACGAUCGAAUCCGUCACCGUUGACAAACUCUUGACUUUCUUCGAUCACUUUGAAUCGUUGGUCAACAAUGCCGUAUCGGUGCGUAGCCACAAGGAGGCUCAAUCCAUGUUGAUCAAGGCACGUCAGUAUCGUCUCAACCAUAAGCCUUUUACCUAUCACAUCACCGUCAACAGCAACAAGAAUGUCAAAGCGGUCGUUCGCGUCUUCCUUGGACCUAAAUACGAUAUUCACGGCCACGAACUGGACAUAAGCGAGAAUUAUAUGAACUUUGUCGAGUUGGACCAAUGGAACGUUGACCUGAAACCUGGAACCAACAAGAUUGAGCGCCAUAGCUACGAGUCCAUCUAUGUCGUUCCGGAUGAGGUGCCAAGUGAGGUUCUGUACAAGAAGAUGGUGAAAGCUAUCGAGGGUGGCGAGACUUUCACUUACCCAGGCCAGCUUUAUGGUUUCCCUGACCGUUUGAUGAUUCCUAAGGGCAAGAAGGAAGGCAUGCCAUUCAAAUUCUUCGUGUCUGUGUCGCACUUGGACGAGACGAAAGCCAUCGAGGUGGAUUCCCCUGUCUGGGGUACAAACAUGAUGGACCUCCGAUCAUUGGGAUAUCCGCUCGAUAGACCGGUUCACACCUUCAACUUCACCGUACCUAACUUCUACAUGAGAGACGUUCUCAUUUACCACAAGCAGGCGGAAGAAUUGAACCUCACUGUAUAAAGAUUUAACUCGUGCGAUCGCCAGAACAACAACUCGGGUCGCGCUGAUGAAAAAAGAGAUGUACAAAUAAGAGAGAAAUGUGCCACCAUCCAAUGUUUUAUGUGUAACCAUCCAGUGCGAGAUAAACCUAACCUAAAAUAAAUUUUACAGAAACAUCAUUUACCAUUUA